GUGUUGUGCGGCGAAAUGGUUUCUCAUAUAGGAACCGAGGCCGACGGGACUGUCAGAGUCUGUCCAUGUGAGCGCUCGCGUCGGACGUACUGUUGUUUCGCGUGGCACCCGAUCUCACCGAUCUGGAUGCGCCACUUGCUCAGCGAGCUCAAGGUGGAUUUUGCCGAGGAGAAAGGCAACGCUGCACGUUGCAGAGUGAAGACGGAAGCAGGCUCGGAACACGGUUCUGGAAGCUCGCCAUCCUCCCCAGCGUCGGUGGGUGUGUCUCCGUCUCCUGGCAACCAGCCCAGCGCUACCUACACGCCCUUGGUCAGCCCCUUGACGUCGCACCGCGAAGGCACGGCCACGACGACACGUCCAGGACCAGCCACAGACACACACACGCACAGCAGCAUGCCGUGUUACCAGGCUUCGUACGGUGGAUCCCCAACGGGCGCCACCACCGUCAAUCGCGACUCCUACGAUUCCUACUACGGCGAGAGCGCCGCCGUGUACCAGCCCGACCACCUCCCGGGCGAGCACUACCACUCCCCGCCGAUGGACUACAACGGCUCGGCGGACCAGGCCGCCUUGCGUAUGUCCGAACACAUGGAGCGGAUGGAGCACGCCGGGUACCACCAGGACUACAAGCCCCUACCCAGCUUCGUGGACGUGUACGGCGAGACCAAACCCAGCUGCCUGUACCAGCCCAAAAACGGCGGGUCGAACAUGCCGUACCAACAUCCAGACGAGAACCCUUCCCCACACAUGGACCACUAUAAACCCUCCCCGCCCCCCACCCCUACCUACUCGUCCCAAUACGACUACCCCACCAACACGCAAAUGUUGCAAGGCACAGGGCCCAUGUCCCCACACGGCGGCCACAUGUUCUUCAAGCAUUCCCCGCCCUCUACGCCCACCACGCCGUACCCGCCCAUGAUGUAUGAGGGAGGGUUCCAGGGCAUGCAGCACGAGUUCUACGGGCCAGGCAUCGGCAGAUAUCCGCCGCCACUCUACAUGCGGCCCGGUCAACAGCUGCAUCCACCACCGGUGUCGUCAUCAGGGUCGAGUUCAAAGGGCACCGGAGAAGGGACAUGCGCAGUGUGUGGCGACAACGCAGCCUGUCAGCACUACGGGGUCCGGACUUGUGAGGGCUGCAAAGGGUUUUUCAAGCGGACGGUUCAGAAGAACGCAAAGUACGUGUGUUUGGGAAACAAGAACUGUCCGGUGGACAAGAGAAGGCGGAACCGUUGCCAAUUCUGCCGUUUCCAGAAAUGCCUGGCUGUCGGCAUGGUCAAAGAAGUUGUCCGCACGGACAGCCUGAAGGGUCGGCGGGGCCGCCUGCCUUCCAAGCCGAAGAGCCCGCAGGAGCAGUCCCCUCCGUCCCCGCCCGUCAGCCUCAUCACCGCCCUGGUGCGCGCUCACGUCGACUCCAGCCCGUCCCCGCCCACACUCAACUACAACUUGCAGUUCAAAAUGCCAGGGGAGGAGGGCGAGAGUCCAAAGAGCGACACGGAGCGCGUCCAGCAGUUCUACGACCUGCUGUGCUCCUCCAUCGAAGUCAUCCGAACUUGGGCCGAGAAGAUUCCGGGAUUUCCCGACCUCCUGAAGGAGGAUCAAGAGCUGCUGUUCCAAUCCGCGUGCUUGGAACUCUUCGUACUCAGGUUGGCCUACAGGUCUGCUCCGUCGGAAGAGCGGCUUGUGUUCUGUAACGGCGCGGUGCUACACCAGCAGCAGUGCGUCAGGAGUUUCGGCGAGUGGAUCAACUACAUCAUGGAGUUCUCCAAGUCCCUCCACGCCAUGAACGUCGACAUUUCCGCCUUCGCCUGCAUGGCGGCGCUCGUGCUCAUUACGGAGCGCCACGGCCUGAAGGAGCCGGAGAAAGUGGAAGAGCUGCAGAACAAGAUCAUCUCCUCCCUCCGCGACCACGUGACCUACAACGUGCAUGCGCAGAACCGUCCGCACUACUUCUCCAAGUUGCUGGUCAAGCUGCCCGAACUGCGCACGCUCAGUGUGCAGGGUUUGCAACGCAUCUUCUACCUGAAACUCGAGGAUCUCUUGCCAACCCCUCCCAUGAUCGACAACCUGUUUCUGGACACCCUACCAUUCUAAAAGCUAGGACAGCAAGGGGGAAAGAAAUGACCAACUCUUAAACACAUCCUCCUUCGUCUAAAAACACUUUCCACUUUCAUACUGCUGAAUAUCUUCAGACCUAAAACUCACAGCAAGAGUCCGAUUCUUUGACAAAGAAAGUCUACCAUAAGUUUCGAAAUUCUUCACUUUUUGAGCUGGCCUUUGCUUUUCUCAUCCUUUUUAAAAGCUUGUUCUGUAGAUUUCUUUUCCUUCCACAUGAAAUUUUGUUGCCUGUUGAGUUUGUCGUCCAAAGCGUUUGAGAAAUUGCGUAGUCUUUUUUUAUCAUUUUUUCUUUAAAAAAAGGAAAAUGCCUAGAAUUCUUGCCGAAGUGAUGCCCAACUCUCUUUUUAGUGUUCCCCUCUCACACUUUAAAACUCUUAUUUCAUAGGCCCAUGCGGACAUGUGCAAAAGAGAUAUGACUGUUCAAAACCAUAUUUUCGUCCUCUUUUUUGGAGCCAUCCUACUUUGGACGGUACCAAAAUGGAUGAAAAUAGGGGAUUGUACAGUCAGUAUCCACGGUGCUAACAAAAUAUAACAUCUAAUUUCUUGCCCUAAUGACAUUAAUAUAGACGGACAAACUAAUAAUUUUUUUAAUGUGGAAUACCUGAUUAUUUUCUCAGGAUGGGUAGGAAAGUAAAACAAAACGAAAACGUAUGUUUUCUUUUAUAAAAAUGACAUCUAGGCCGUUUUUAAAAAGUAUUAUAACAUCCCCAGAAAAUAAUAGUACAUCCCAUAUCCAUAAGAACUCAUGCUGGUAUCAUGGGUGACGUUUUUUUUUAUUGGUUAAUAUGAUAGUGGAUUCUAGCUUGAUAAAGUUUUAAAAAGAUUUAAACAUAUAAAACCCUGGCUAGUAUACCCUUCCGUUAUAACCUAGAGGUAGGGCUUUUAUGUGGGAAGGUUUCAGAUGGCAUUUUGCGAAACGCGAUUUGUAGAAAACUUUAUGACAAUAUUUUUAUUUGAUCAAGAGAGAACAGACAUGGUGUAUUUUAAAGCUUGUUAUAUUUUGAGUUUUAAGAAAAUUAUGUUUGAAAUAUUCUAUCGAAGCCUAGCAGUUUUGAUUAAGAGGUAAAAGAUACUUGGCUUUUACGCUUUUUUGUUCGCUCCGGAAGCUAAUGUAUAGUACCAAAGGUGCACCCCCGUACAGGUGCUUAGAAUGGUACAGCCUAACCGGUACAUAAUGAUGACGUGGUACGCACCUGUUGUUCUAGAAUCCUAGAACACCAUGGUGUUUUUAGAACAUCAUGUGUGUUCUACGUCUUCAUAUGUACCGGUUCGGUUGUACCAUUCUAAGCACUUGUUUGGGGGUGUGCAUUCGGUACUUACACUAAUAUAUGCUAACCCGUGUACAGAGAGGAAUGUAUAUGUAUUAAACUCGAUGAGCUAUUUAUUUAUAUUUGGUGCCUUACAACAAAAAAAAGUUCAUGCUGGUCAAUCCAAAGCUAGCAGAGGUCUAACACAACCGCUAAGAUCGUUUUGUAAGGCUUGUGAGCUGUUCAUAUGAUGGAAACUGGUCAACAAUUGUUUGUUGCGUAAACAACAACAACAGCAGGAAACAACAAAUGACUAGAAAAGAACGAGAUGUGACAUUAUGUGUGACUGUGUAGUUCUGGAGGAACCAAAUGUUGUAUCAAUCUUUGAGGCUUUCGAGCCUAGCUAGACACCGUGCUUGGGUUGCUUGAAACAAAUAUCUUUUAAUUUGAACUUUCUGAAAUUUCUUCAUAUAGGUGUUGAAUUAGAUACUUACAAAUUUCGGAGUGUUGCAUGCAACCGUCACAAUUUUCCUUGUAUCCAAUACAUGGAGACUUGGUUACUUUAUAAGGAUUUAUAGUGUCGGUGGCUUUCUUUGGUGUUGUGGGACCAAGCGCUAGUGAUAAACCACGGGGGAGACCACACAGGCCGUGAUUUCAACACUUGAGCUGAUCUAAAUCCGAGGGAUUCCAUCCAUAUCCCCGGUGUAUUACCCCAAUAUCGUACCUCGCCGAAAAUCCUAUUUAACAAAAUGAAGGCGAUGAUUUUGGUAAUUGUCUGCCCGAGCCACGGCUAGUGGACGUAUCGAUCGCCCGAUCUAACUCGCCGCGCCCGGGGUUUCCGUGACAUUUCGGCUCGCGCUCGGUCCCCCACGAGGCUCGUUUCCUGGGCGUACCCAGGCGGCAAGCGUCCUGGCCCGGCAAGAAAUCGAAAUUUCCAGUCAAUACUUGCUAAUAGGCCGCCCUUCUGGGGAGACAGCUCGCAAACUUGUUGGUUUGUUGCAAAAGUGUUGUUGGAAAACGAGUCUUCCUCGGAAGGGUUUGCGGAAAGUCCGUGACCGGACCCACUCCAGGCUGCCAGGCCUGGCUACCAAGCCCUGGUGUUGAACAGUGUGCGAUUAUUCUGGCUACAUUGAAUUCAUAGAUUAGCAAUAAAUCAAUUCCUUAAAGGUCUAUGAAAAAAAAGACUAGCAACAACAAAAAAAUCAAACAGAAAUUAUGAUGGGAAUGUUUCAAGUGAUCCAAGCAUGGUGUCUUAAGAAAUGUUUAUAAUGUACCAAGGAUGUUUUCCACAAAGAAGAAGACUACACGAAGCUCUUUGUAAAGUGAUGAAUGUAACUCCCAAGUCCAAGUUGACUCUAAUCUGUGUCGUCGUCGGCGAAAAAAUAUGUGCAUAAAUAUUUGUCCCGUGUCUUUGUGUCCUAGAGUAGGGAAUUUUUACACGUUUGUACUUACUAAUGAAGUCUCAGUCACCCAAGUUUAUUGUAACACCAUUGGACAAGACAUAAGUGUGUAUGUCGUCCACGGUGACGUCAACAUCCGGGAUCUCGGUGUGAGAACCCGUUACCAUGGCGAUCGUGUCGUGAGCCAUUUUUUUUACUGUUUCACAUGUGUUCGUGGGAGAAGUCUAUACCGUGCAGCAGUUUUCAGUGUAGUAAACUUGUCAGAAAAUGUGCAGUGAAAAACCAUGUCACAAUGCUAGCUAUAGCGGUGUCCCUCAUAGGUUGGUCUGUAAAACCAUGGUUUCAAUGUCCGUAGGUGCAAAAAUAUAUAUUUGAAUUUUGAACUCAAGAUGAAUUCUGUUUUUGAAUAUGUUAAAUAUGACUUCCACUUCAGUAUUUCCCUAAAAGCACUUUGUGUGUAGUUGUGGCUUUAGAAGUUUGAUAAGAAAAAAGAGCACUUGAUCACAAUAGAGUUUGUUAGAGGGACAUUGCCGUAUCACAACUUGUUUUGCAUAUGUUAUGUUGUAACUUCCAGUGGAUUAUGACAUCACUUCAUGUAGAUUAUGAUUAGGUUUCGAACACUCUUGUCACACCCAUGGUGCAAUGACGUAAUUUCUUCAGAUUUUAUGACGUAUGUGACAUUUGGUGACGAUGUUGUGUCAGUUUCUCAUCAUUAGCAUACGUUCUUUCUCACGAACCAUGUUGGGAACAUCUACGCAUGCGUGUGAAACCCUAUACAUGUCACGUGCCCGCAAACACACUUUUCACUAUGUUGCUUUGUACCGACCUACUAAUACUAAAGCCAAGCUUCGACAUUUGUACAUGAAAUAGUGGAUUUAUGAUAUAAAGUUUUGUAUGAUGAAUAUUGCCACGGCUAUGAAUAAAGUUUGUAACAUUAUGAA